UGUAAACAUUAUUUCUACAAUUUGCUUUCAACAGACGCCCCAGAUGUGCGAGGGGGACUGAACAAAUGGCACAGGGGAGGGAGCGACUCAAAUUUGAUAUGAAACGCAGCCUUGGUUGCUACAGGUGAAAUGUUGUUUACAUCCGGGUUGUUUCGGACGAAAACAACACACAACAAGCGGAGAAGCAGCCAACUCUGUGUAGUGUAGUUGCUAAGCCGAUUUGACACUACGAUGGCAGGGGAGACAGAAGACGAGAUACCUGAAACGGGAGCAGUCUUCACCUUUGGAAAAAGCAAAUUUGCAGAUAACGUCCCCAGUAAAUUUUGGCUGAAAAAUGAUGUACCACUGAACAUCUCCUGUGGGGAUGAGCACACAGCAUUGAUAACAGAGAAUGGCAAGCUUUUCAUGUUUGGCAGUAAUAACUGGGGUCAGCUGGGUUUGGGAUCAAAGACCAUGGUGAACAAGCCCACUUGUGUGAAAGCUUUGAAGUCUGAAAAGGUGCGGCUUGCAGCCUGCGGAAGAAAUCACACUACAGUUUACACGUCUCGGGGAAACGUGUACUCUACCGGUGGAAACAACGAAGGUCAGCUAGGUCUGGGAGACUGUGAGGAGAGGACAGCCUUCCAAUUGGUGGACUUCUUUAGUUCACAUGGACCAAUCAAAAUGCUUGCUGCCGGCUCCAACACCUCUGCUGCCCUCACAGAGAGUGGGAAGCUGUUCAUGUGGGGUGACAACACCGAGGGUCAGAUCGGCCUGGGGAAGGAGAGCAGUGCCCUGACCCCCCAGGAGGUCACUGUGGGUCGGCCAGUGGCCUGGGUGUCCUGUGGGUACUACCACUCUGCCUUGGUCACUGUUGACGGGGGCCUGUACACGUUUGGGGAGCGCGACAGCGGCAAACUGGGCCUGGCCACGGGUCAGCUGGAUGGACACCGUGUGCCCCAGCUGGUGAAGGGCAUCACAGACCGGGUGACCCAGGUGGCAUGUGGAGGCGGGCACACCGUGGCUGUGACAGAUGAGGACCUGUACACCUUUGGCCUGGGUCAGUUUGGUCAGCUGGGCCAGGGGACCUGUAUCUUUGAGGCGAGGCUACCCAGAGCGGUGGAUCACUUCAGGAAGGGACGAGUACGACAGGUGAUGUGUGGGGAGAACCACACUGCUGUCAUCACAGACAGUGGUCUUCUCUAUACCUUUGGGGACGGGAGACAUGGGAAGCUGGGUCUGGGAGAGGAGAACUUCACCAAUCAAUUCAAGCCCACUCUGUGUCCACGCUUCCUCAAGUACAAUGUCCAAGCAGUGACAUGUGGAGGUUGUCACAUGCUGGUUCUAGCCAAGCCCAGAAACAAGAGCUGUCAGGAGGUGACUCUGGAGGAGGAUGAUGUCACAGAGGACUACCUGGAGAAGUCCUACACAGAGCUCCUAGGGGACACCCUCAACUCCACCCCUGCUACCCUGAACCGUAGCCUCUCUGCCCGGGUCAGGAGGAGAGAGAAGGGAGCGUUCCCCGGAGCAGUUUGGGCUCAUGUUCCGGACCCUGCCCCCCUGACGUCCGGCUACCUCAAUACCUCCACACCCCUGCCUGUGUCCAGCCAGACCAUCCCCUCCAGCCUGCCCUCCAAGGAGCUAACCAACAGAAAGGUGCACAACGGCGUUCACCAACACAGGAGCACUGGGUCUAUCAAGAAGGAAAAGAGGUCAGAGGAGAAGGGAAGAGAUGAGGUAGAAGGCAGCGCUGUGGAGAACAUGAUGGACAACGAGAGUGUUAAAGAUCUGGGAGACACCACAGACUUCCUCAACAUGACUCAUGUGAUGAAAAUGGACCCCAGUGACAAGAUGUUGACGUUGUCCCCUGUGCAGAAGAGGAAGGGUAAGCUUGUGAAAGGGUAUGGUAAGGCUGGGGAACAGCCAGAACUCUGUACCCCUAGGAGGGUGGAUCCCAGCCCGCGGCGGGCACUGCCCACAGAGCUGCUGAGGAGCUCCAGUGACAGGUCUCUGGUGGUAGAGAAGAGACCGCGCCACAGGGCUGCCCAGGGCAAAGGCAGUGGCAAGGAGAACCUCAUUAUGGCUCUGGAGGAGAUAAAGCCUGCUGAGCCGAAGGCUGUCCCUGCCCAGCCCUCCAGCAUAAGGGACAUUAGCAAGGCCAAGUCCAAACCCUGUCCGUCUGCACAGAAAAGCCAACCGUUAGCAGUGGAGAGAAAAGUGAAGAAAGUGAGGGAGAGAUUUGUUGUGGAUUCUAAGGCAAUCCAAAUGAAGAGCGCAACCAAAGGUCAAAGUGCAGAGGUCAAAAAUACUCUCUUAGAGGUCAACCCUAUAUCUACAAAGGUGAAAAGUCAACAUGUAGCUGUUAAGAGGACACCAGCUAGAAAGAGUGUCACAAAAUCACAAGGCCUUAAGUUAACUGAUGCGCUGCCUGUGAAAAAUACAACUAAACCAGACGUGGUGUCUGAAGUGCCACAAAAAACUAAGAAUGAAAACACAGAACGAGAAAAGGGCAAACCCAAGACUGAACUGCCUGAACAGACACCGCAGUGCAGCUUACUGACCGGCAUGGCCUCUCUGGUGUCAGGCGUGGGGCUAGUGGCAGCAGCCAGACAGUUGGGUUCUCCCUCAGACAGUGAGUCCGUCCGGAGUCCGAGCAGGGCCCAGAGGUUCAGCAGACAGAGUGCUGAGGACGCCCAGUCUUCCUGGAGCCAGUCGUCUAAAUCCAUGGCCUCUGAACCAGGAGGCAAGAGAACAGCAGUCAGCAUCAACAUCAUCCCCGCUCCGGGGAGCUCUGAUCAGGGGGCGGAGGAGGAGGAAUGCAGGUCCUACUCUGGUCCCCCAGACAACGGAGGACAGGAGGAGAGGGGAGACGAGACAGGGAGCAACGACGAUCAGACACCAGCCAAGCAGGAGGAAGAGAGUGAGGAUGAUGACACAGUGAAGGUGGAAGAGGAGGAGGAGGAUGGAGGGAUCUCUGAAUUAGAGGAGGAGAGCGAGGGAGGAGAUGAGCAAUGUGAGACUGAAACAGAUCGGGGAGAAGAGAGUGAGUUAGAGGAUGCAGAGAAAGAGGAGAGUGGACUGGAGGAAGAGGAGGGUGACAGGAUGAGUAGCCCGGUGGGAGGAGAGGGAGAGAGUGUGGGAGAGGAGGAAGAAGAGGGGGAGGGAGAGAGCAAGGCGAGUGAGGUAGAGGAGGAGGAAGAGGGUGGGGAAGUAUCGCAGAGUGACACUGAGAGCAAGAGUAAGGAAUCUGAUUAUGAAGAGGAGGAGGAAGAAAGUGAGGAAGAGGAUGAGAGUGUAGGAUCUGUAGAGGAAUCUGCAGAUGAGGAAUAUGAGACUGAGGCAGACAGUGGAACAAAAGCAGAGGAAGAGGAUGAGAGCAGUACUGCAGAGGACGAGAAAGAAGAGGAUAAGAGUGAGGAGGAGGAGGCUGAAGAAGAAGCCGGAGAGGAGGAGGAGAGUGAAGAUGAGGAAGAAGCUGAGGAGGAGAGUGAAAAUAAGGAAGAAGCUGAGGAGGAGAGUGAAGAUGAGGAAGAAGCUGAGGAGGAGAGUGAAGAUGAGGAAGAAGCUGGAAAGGAGGAGAAGAGUGAAGAUGAGGAAGAAGGAGAGAAGGAGGAGAGUGAAGAUGAGGAAGAAGCUGAGGAGGAGAGUGAAGAUAAGGAAGAAGCUGAGGAGGAGAGUGAAGAUGAGGAAGAAGCUAGAAAGGAGGAGGAGAUUACAGAGGACUCAGGUCAGCCCAGUCCUUUGGCUCCGACAGAGGAGAUCUCUGCAUCCAGCACUCAGCCGCAGAAUCGAACAACCGAGGAGAAAUCCAAGCGCCAACCAGGGACCAACAGAAAGCUGUCGCUGUUCAAACGCCUGUCCUCCUCCAAAGCCAAGCAGGCAGAGGAGAGUGUGGAAGCACCAGCAGAGGGCACCGGCGUGGGGGAGCUACCUGCCAGUGCCAAGGGUCCCUCUGCAGGACUGAAGAGCAGAGACCCAUCAGAGACCAGCGCUAGUGGUGCCCAGCCCCCUCUGAGAGCCCCCUUGCACCCAGGUGGUAGAGGUGCACGCUCUACCACCUGCACCCUACUGUGA